CAAAGGAACCGGGAAUCUCAGUGGCAUGGGGGAGGAGGGAGGAUGUGUCCCCACCACCCCAACCCCCCAUGUCUGUGGUGAAGUCGAUCGAAUUAGUGUUGCCCAAGGAUGCCAUCUACUUGGCCGGCUCCAGCAUCAAAGGGCAGGUGGUUCUAAUUCUGAACAGCACCCUGGUGGACCCUAUUGUGAAGGUCGAGCUCGUGGGAAGGGGCUAUGUGGAGUGGAAUGAAGAAAUCGGGGCAUCACGUGAUUAUAGCAGAGAUGUUAUUUGCAACAACAAGGCCGACUAUGUGCACAAGAUGAAGACAUUCCCAGUAGAGGAUAAUUGGUUAAGUGCAGGCAGCCACACCUUUGAAUUCCAUUUCAGCUUACCUCCCAGGCUUCCUUCUACCUUCACCAGCAAAAUCGGCCAUGUCUUCUACUUCAUGCAAGCCUCCUGCGUGGGCCGGGAACACAUUCUGGCGAAGAAGAGGAUGUACUUGUUGGUUCAAGGGACUUCGGACUUCCAUAAAGAAAACCCAUUGCAGAACCCUCUGCUGGUAGAGGCUGAGAAGAAGAUCUCCUACAACUGCUGCAGCCAGGGCACCAUCUGCCUACAAAUCCAGAUGGAAAAGAACACCUUCGUCCCAGGGCAGAGGGUCAUCUUCACCACGGAGAUCAACAACCAGACCGGCAAGUGCAUCAAGACGGUCAUCUUCGCCCUCUACGCCCAUGUGCAAUACGAGGGCUUCACCCCCAACGCAGAGCGGCGCUUGCGGGCGGAAAGCAGUGAGCUGCUCCGGCAGGAAGCCAACACGCAGAUCACACCUUUCGACACCACCAAGAUCGUCAGCACCUUCAACCUCCCGCAGGUGCUGUCCGUGAGCAGCAGCCUGCAGGACGGCGAGAUCAUGAGUACCCACUACGAGCUGGUCAGCACGGUCCACCUGCCCUGGUCCCUGACCAGUGUGAAGGCCAAGGUUCCCAUCAUCAUCACCAGUGCCCCUGUGGACCCGGACAGCUGCCCACCGCUGGAGGGGCAGCUGUCACCCGAGAGCCAGGAGUGCCAGAAUUAAGUGCCCAAACUUCUAAAUAUUAAAAGCUUUAUCGGACUCUACA